UGCAGCAUCAUGAAUAACCUAGUUGCCUUCUGUGCUUUGCUGGUCGCGGCUGUCAGCGCCUACAAUUUUGAGGACCCCGAUUUCAAUAUUCUGCUCUCUGAUGACCUAGAAGAACUGUCAAGUGGCGUUGCUUCCUUUUCCCACCCGAGGAGUCGUCGAGACGAUGAAGCCGUUAACGACAAGGAUAAAUGCCAUCACCGUAAGAGAUGGGGCGAACUGUGCUGCGCAGAAGAUGUCAUGGCGAAAAUGCGCGAUGUUGAGAAAGACCUGAAAAGGGAAUGUUUCAAGGAAGUUGUUGGAAAAGACAAGCAUGAGAAAUUCGAUCCGUUCAACUGUGAGACAAUGGAUCAGCGUAAAAAACAAAUUGUGUGUGUCAUUCAAUGCGUUGGGCAGAAAAAGGAUUUGCUCGACACCGAGGGCAACCCAAAGGAAGAGGAAUUCCGAUCCUUCCUAAAGGAGAGCUUCUCGUCGGAAUCCUGGUUAGCAGCCCUGCAGGACAAAGUAAUCUCCACAUGCCUGGACGAGGGCAAGAACGCCACGGCUAACCGCGAUGCUUCCGAUAGUACCUCCUGUAAUCCGGCUGGCAUUAAAAUAGCCCAUUGCCUGCACAGAGAAAUCCAACUGAAUUGCCCCGCCGACCAGAUUAAGGACGAGAAAUCCUGCGCCAGGCUGCAGGAGAGGCUGAAGAGACGUGAUUUCUUUCACCCGCCCCCACCGCCAGGUGCAUUCGAUGAACCAGAUAACUAAGUUUUAUCGCUUAUGAAAAGAGUCAUUAAUAAACACCGCUAAACUAACUGUAUUAUUACUUUUAGACUUGGAUAGGGAUAUUUGCUUUGGCGACAGUUUGUUUAU